AAAUAAAUAAAAUAUCUUUAUAUAACAAUAUUAUUGAGCAGCAAUAUAACAAUAUCAUUAAGCAACAGCAUGACAAUAUCAUUGAGCAAUAUAAAAAUAUUACUGAGCAGCAAUCUAAUACAUUAUUAGAAAUGAAUUCUAUACCAACUAAUAAUAACAUUAAAAUUCUUACUUUAGACAAUGUAGAUAAAUUGAGUUUUUUAAAAAUUAUAGAAGAAGAAUCUUUAAACAAAAGAAAAAUAAAUAAAAUAGACAAACAUUCAAAUGACAAGUUAGAAGAUGAAAUUGUGAAUAUUGAAAACUUUGAUAACUUUUUACAAGACUAA